UAUCAAAAACGGAAGUAUUUAUAAACUUGAUAGUGUUUUCGGAAAGACCUAAUCGUGGGUUUACACUAAUGUUAUACUCUUGGGUUCAAGCCGUCGCCUCUGCGGCUACAAGUCUCAUUGUCGAACCACCGUGGAAAAACAGGAAACCGAACCCACCUCCACAGUCGUUUUUGUCGCUUCCAGAUGUAAUCAUACUAAACUGCUUAGCCCGCGUAUCGAUGUCCUACUACCCUAAACUCUCCUUAGUCUCCAAAACUUUUCACUCCCUCAUCUUAUCCAUUGAGCUCAACCACGCACGGUUUCACCACCAAACACAAGAAGAAAUCUUUUCUAUAUGUUUACAAUUUCAUGACCGUCCUAUUCCAACAUGGUACACCCUCUGGAUAAAACCUGGCGAGCAGGAGAACAAGAGAUCUGUCUUUGUACAAGUGCCUUCUUCCUAUGAUUCUUACGGACCGUUGUAUAUUUGUACGGUUGGUUCAGAUAAAUACGCACUCAGACAAAGCUAUCCUCCGUCCCCGUCCAUGCUAGUCCGCAACAAGGAGCGUGUUGAAUGGCGUGACUCCCCCAACAUGACUGUACCUCGAGCGUAUCCUGCUGCGUGCGAACUAGAUGGGAAGAUAUAUGUAAUGGGAGGUUGCAAUGAUGGAAAUAAAUCCGUAAAAGAAUCAUGUUGGGGUGAGGUUUUCGAUACAAAUACUCAAACAUGGGAACCUUUACCUAACCCUACAGCUGAGCUCCGGUUCUCUUCAGUGAUAAAAAAUAUAGAGAUUAGCGAAGGAAAGUUAUACGUUAGGAGCAACGAGGGUAAAGAUUCUGUUUAUGAUCCCAUAAAACGUAAGUGGAACGUUGCGGAAAAAAAAGUCGAGGGUGAAAGUAGGUGUAAGGUAGGUGAUAUACAUUACUCUUGUCGUAGGAAGAGUUGCAUGUGGUAUGACACAGAGAGUGACGAGUGGAGACCGGUCAGGGGGUUGUCUUCAUUGAAUAAGAGCUGUCGACGUGGUUUGAUUGAAACAGGUGAGUACUGUGGGAAACUCUUAAUCAUUUGGGACAAGUUUGCGCUGCCUCGUCGUAAUUUACAAAAGAGUAUUUGUUGUGCUUUGGUUUCGUUUGAAAACCGCCAAGAUGGUGAAGUUUGGGGAAAGGUUGAGUGGUCUAAUGUUGUGCUUACGGUUCCAAGUUCAUACAGUUACUUGCGUUCUUUAGCGAAUUGCUUUUAGAUUUAUUUCUUAAAAAAAUUGUAUAGAAUAUUUAGGCAGCGCCGACGAGUCAUAUAGAUCUAUUACCUUAUUCUUUGUUUGCUUUGCUUAACCUCUAUUAAUUCGUUUGGUCGUGCCACUUGUUUUUUUUUGUUUUUGUUUUUACUUGGUG